CUGGUGGAGUGCAGCAUGCUGAUGAUGCUGCGGCACCCGAACCUGGUGUCCCUGGUGGGCUACUGCGCCGAGGCCCAGGAGCGGCUCCUCGUCUACGAGUUGCUCCCGCGGGGCAGCCUGGACGCGCACCUCUUCGUCUCCAAGUCCCUGCUUGGCUGGGACGCCCGCGUGAAGGUCGCCCUUGGCGCCGCCCGCGGCCUCCGCUACCUCCACGAGGUGGUGACCCCGCCGGUGAUCUACCGCGACCUCAAGUCGUCCAACAUCCUGCUGGGCGACGACCUGAGCCCCAAGCUGUCGGACUUUGGGCUCGCCAGGCUGGGCCCCGACCCCGAGGGCGACGACACCCACGUGUCCACCCGCGUCAUGGGCACCUACGGCUACUGUGCCCCGGAGUACGCCGUCACUGGGAAGCUCAGCGUCAAGUCCGACGUCUACAGCUUCGGCGUCGUGCUGCUGGAGCUGCUCACGGGGCGAAGGGCCUUCGACUUGGACGCCCACAGCAGCAGCAGCAGUAGUAGUAGUAGUAGGGAUGAUCAGGAGGCUCAUCAGGACCAGGAGCGGCGGCUGCUGGUGUGGGCACGGCCCCACCUGCAGCAGCUGCAGGGGCGGGGCAGGGGCAGGGGCCUGGAGGCGCUGGCGGACCCGGCGUUGCAGGGGCGGUACCCUCGCCGCGGACUCUACCAGGUGGCCGUCAUCGCCUCGCUCUGCCUGCACGACAAGCCCAACCUCCGCCCCACUAUGACCGACGUCACGCAGGCGCUGGAGCACGUGGCGGCGCAGCCCUGGAGGGUUGUUGUUAGUAGGGAUAGAGACGGCGAUAUGAUCAGGAGGAGGCCGGCUGCCGGCGGCGGAUCAUCAAGACGGGGACGGGGACGGGGAAGCACUCCGCGCGCCUCCUCCGCUGACAGUGACAGCUAGUCGUCCCGGCGGCGGCAGCGAAGAACCACCACCUUGUCGGAUGGCACGCUAUUGCAGAACUAGCGCUGUUCAUUUUGCUCCGUCGGUGGAUGACUGACUCGCUCAGGAGAACAAUGUGGGUUUAUGUAUGUACUCGCUCUCUAUCCUUGAAAGUUUUUUUGAUUCUUUUAAGUUGUAAAUCGGACUUUUUAGAGCCUGUGCUAUUCAUUAUAAAAGAUUAAAGUUUGAGUGGUCAUAUAUAUGUGCCA